CCCUUUUCCUAUUAUAAAUGUUGCACCCCGUUUGCUAUUUCCUAACAACUAGAGCCUAGGCUUCAUCUCCUCUUCUCUCUUAACCACAAGUUUUGUGUUUAGUUGCUUGAAGUCUCAAUGGAAUUUCGUUUCCUGCCAAUCCUAGCAUUUCUCACCCUAGCACUGGUGGCCAGCCAUGCUGCUCUGUCUCCGGACCUUUACUGGAAGUCUGUAUUGCCAAAUACUCCAAUGCCGAAAGCUGUCAGAGAUCUCCUAAACCCUGACUCGCUGGAAGAGAAAAGUACAUCUGUUGAUGUAGGGAAGGGCGGUGUCAACGUGGAUGCUGGGAAAGGAAAGCCAGGAGGCACUUCUGUUGCUGCAGGUAAGGGUGGUGUAAACGUAAAUUCAGGGAAAGGAAAGCCUGGAGGCACUUCUGUUAAUGUUGGGAAGGGUGGAGUAAAUGUGAGCACAGGACCCAAAGGAAAGCCAGUCAAUGUUAAUGUGAGUCCCUUUCUUUACAGAUAUGCUGCCAGUGAGGAUCAACUCCAUGAUGACCCAAAUGUAGCUCUCUUCUUCUUGGAGAAGGACAUGAAAGUUGGGACGAAGAUGAACUUGCACUUCACUGAAAAUUCAAACGCAGCAACUCUCUUACCUCGCCAAGUUGCCAAAUCGAUUCCUUUUUCAUCUGAAAAAUUGCCAGAAAUCAUGAACCAGUUUUCAGUGAAACCCGGAUCAGUGGAAGCUGAGAUAAUGCAAAACACAAUCAAAGAGUGCGAAGAACCUGGGAUCAAAGGAGAGGAAAAAUACUGUGCAACUUCACUUGAGUCAAUGAUUGACUUCAGCACUUCCAAGCUUGGAAAAAAUGUUCAGGCAUUUUCCACAGUGGUGGAAAAAAGAACUCGGUUGCAGAAGUAUACAAUAGCAGCCGGAGUGAAGAAGAUGCCAAGUGACAAAUCUGUAGUCUGCCACAAGCAGAACUAUGUAUAUGCUGUAUUUUACUGCCAUUCAACUGAAACCACCAGGGCUUACAUGGUUCCUUUGGAAGGUGCCGAUGGGACAAACGCCCAAGCAGUAGCAGUCUGCCACACAGAUACAUCAGCAUGGAACCCAAAGCAUUUAGCUUUCCAAGUGCUCAAAGUUAAGCCAGGGACUGUUCCCAUCUGUCAUUUCCUUCCUGAAGAUCACAUUGUCUGGGUUCCCACCAAGAAACCUGCAGCAUAGAAUCAGACAAUCUUAUUCCAUCCAUUCAAUCAGCAGAUUUUGAACUGGAUCAGUUUACAAUACUACCUGUUUAAUAAUAUAAUAAUGUAGCUUACCUUUGUUAUGCAUGUACUUAUAAAGUUUGCUGCUGUUUUGUAUGCCACACAAGUCACCGGAAAAUCUACUUAUGAUUAUAUUCGUACUCA